AUGGAUCACAUCCUAUUUUGGAAUUCUCGUGGAGCUGGGAGUGAGAAAUUUAGAUCCUCUAUUCAGGAUCUAGUUAAGAUGCAUAAAGUUGACUUGCUUUUUGUUUGUGAACCUCGUAUUCAAUUUGAGAAGGCUAAGAAAUUGUUACUUUCUCUUGGAUUCCCUGAUUUCAAAGUUAGGGAAGCUAAUGGUUUCUCUGGUGGUCUUUGGUUCUUCUGGAAUAGAAAUAAGGUUACUAUAGACAUUAUUGAUACCACCUUUCAAUCUAUUUAUGUGAAAGUCUCUUGGAGUGGUACUCAAACUUGGAUGCUUACUGGUAUUUAUGCUAGCCCCUGUAAUACUUCUAGAGGUGCUCUAUGGAGUUAUUUAGAUAAUCUCUAUAAACAUGUUAAUCUCCCUGGAAUGAUUGUGGGAGACUUUAAUGAAUUGUUGUCUUACUCUGAUAAGAUUGGUGGCUCCCAACUUUUUAGAUUUGGUGGCUUGCAGGAUUUGGUUGGUAGGAAUGGGUUAAUCGACAUGGGUUAUCAAGGUGCUGACUAUACAGUUAAAGAAAGACUUGAUAGAUGCUUUUGUAAUUGUGAUUGGAGGAUCCUUUUUCCUGAUGCUUGUGUUGUGCACUUGGCUAGAAUGAAGUCUGAUCAUUGCCCUAUUUUAGUCAAGCUCAAUCAUUGCAGGAGUUUAAUUAGGAGAAACUCUCCCUUCAGAUUUCAAGCGAUGUGGAUGCAGCAUGAUAACUAUAUGGAUAUGGUCAAGGAAACUUGGAAUAGCUGCGCUGGGGAUUUAUUCUCUGAAACUGCUACUCUAGCUAGAUCUCUAAACACCUGGAAUAAAGAAAUUUUUGGCAAUAUCUUCAAGCAGAAGAGGAUCCUUCUGGCUAGAAUUUGUGGCAUCCAAAAAAGCCUGGGAAGACAAAAUAUCCCUUUUCUCUUGGAUCUUGAGAAGGAACUGAUUGCCAAGUAUGAACAAAUUAGAGAUGCUGAGGCUCUCUUUUGGAAGCAAAAAUCUAGAGAUAAAUGGCUAUGUGAGGGAGACAGAAAUACAAAGUUUUUCCACCUAACCACAAUGAUAAGGAGGAGGAGAAAUAAGAUUGAUGGCCUCUUUGAUGCUAAUGGAAUUUGUUAUGAUAACCCCACCAUUAUGAAGCAGACUGCUGUUAGCUUCUUUAAAAAUUUAUUUUCUGCUGCAACUGGGCAGGAUUUGAGGUUUCUUAUUCCUUGGUUAUUUCCUGAUGUUGAUGCAAAUGAUCUUCGGUUAAUGAAUAGACAUGUCUCUGAUAAUGAUGUGCAUGAUGCCUUGUUCAGGAUUGGAAAGCUAAAAGCCCCUGGAGCUGAUGGAUUCCCUACUCUAUUUUAUCAACAACACUGGUCUCUUUGUGCUUUUGAGACCAAUGUUGUUAUUAAUGCCUUUCAAUCUGGUAAAAUUUCCGAGGGCCUUAUUCACACUCUCAUCACUUUGGUGCCAAAAACUCAAGCCCCUCAACACAUGCAUCUGUUUAGGCCUAUUAGUUUGUGUUGCACUAUCUACAAGAUAAUCUCUAAGAUCAUUGUUAGCAGAAUCAGACCCCUGCUUGGUGAGUGGAUAAGUCCAAAUCAGGUUAGCUUUGUUCCGGGUAGACAUAUCUCUGAUAACAUCAUGAUUGCUCAGGAAAUUUUGCAUAAAUGUAAGAACUCUAAAGGUGCUAAAGGCUUUAUGGCUUGGAAGGUCUUGUAUGAAGUUAAUAUUCUUGUUAAACUAGUUAAACUCAUCAUGAGCUGUGUCUCUACUGCUAGUUAUCAAAUUAUAGUUAAUGGUGAAUUAUCUGAAUCUUUCAAGGGUGGCAGAGCUAGUACUAAUCAGGCCAGGGUCUUAAAGCAAUGCAUGGAUAUUUUUUGUGGUCUCUCCGGACAAACUGUGAAUGAUAAGUCCUUGGUCUAUUGUUCUCCUAACAUCAAGAGUGGCACUACGAAAGCAAUCAACAUGAUCUGUGGCUCUACUCUCACUGAUGACUUGGGUAUCUAUCUUGGUAUGCCUUUGAUUCACUUUAGAGUCACAAAAAAUACCUAUGCUGGCCUUGUUGAUAAAGCCCAAUCUAGACUGGCUAGUUGGAAAGGAAAGGUUUUAAACAUGGCUGGACGUCUGACCCUCAUUCAAUCUGUAAAUUCUUCUAUUCCCAUUUAUGCUAUGCAGACUGCAAAGCUUCCUAUGAAAUUAUGUGACAAGCUUGACAAAUUAAACAGGGAUUUCUUAUGGGGUGAUACUGAACAGAAGAGGAAGGUCCAUCUUUCUAGCUGGGAUCUUGUUUGUAGACCUAAAUGUAAUGGUGGUCUGGGGAUUAAAAAGACAACUGAUAUGAACAAAGCAAUGCUUGCAAAGGCUAGUUGGAGAGUGACUCAGAAUGAGCAGGGAUUGUGGAACAAAAUUUAUAAGGAAAAAUAUCUUCACUCUGAUUCCUUGCUCCAUGAGAACUAUAGGAAACCUCCCAAUUGUUCUAGUACUUGGACUGGUGUUGUGUAUGGUGCCAAUCUGUUAAGGAAAGGUCUGAUGUGGAGAAUUGGAAAUGGUGCUAGUACCAAGUUUUGGGUUGACAGAUGGACUUCCUGUGGUAUCCUUGAAAAUUAUGCUCUGAAUCAUGAUACCAUUGAUAUUAAUUCUCUUGUGCAGGAUUUCUGGAUUAAUAAUGAUUGGAACCUGCCUAUGUUACAUGCUAAUCUCCCUGUUGACAUUGUGGAUAAAAUCACUGCUAUCCCUCUAGCUAUUAGUGACUUGCCUGAUAAGCUAAUUUGGGGAAGUACCUCUUCUGGCAUUUUCUCUGUUAAAUCUGCUUACAAGCUCUUGUGUGAUGAUCAAGGAUAUCAAAGCUAUGGAUGGUUGAGAAACUGGUCUCUUCCGAUCCCUCCUAAGCUCAAAAUUUUCCUUUGGUCCUUUGUCUCAGGCAAACUCCUGACUAAUGAGCAGAGGGUGAUCAGAAGGAUUGCAACUAACUCUUCUUGCCAGUUCUGUACUAACACUCAUGAAUCUAUGUUACACAUAUUUCGGGACUGCCCUAAAGCGAAACAGGUGUGGCAAUGUUUUAAUAUCCCUCCCAAUAUGUUGACUACAUUCAAUUUAUGUUGGAAGGAUUGGAUUUUGGCCAAUCUUCUACAGAAAGGCUAUUAUAUGAGGAAGCUGAACUGGAACACCUUCUUUAUCUUUUGUUGUUGGUUCUUAUGGAAAUGGAGAUGUAAAUGCGUAUUUGAUCCCAACUUCUGCUAUCCUCACAAUCUUGCUGAUGUAGUGUUUAACUAUGCGGAUGAGUGGACUAGGGCCAGUGAUAAGGCUAGUUUGAAGAAAAGAAGCUAUGUUGAGUUGCUUUCUUGGAUCAAGCCUGCGAUUGGAGUUCAUAAGCUCAAUGUUGAUGGAUCAAGAACCACCAAUGGUUCUAUUGGAGCAGGUGGUGUUAUAAGGGACAAUACUGGAUGCUGGUGUGGUGGUUUUAUGAUUAAUAUUGGUGUUGGUGAAGUUCUCCUAGCUGAAGCUUGGGGUUUGUUCCAUGGUCUCCAUCUUGCGUUGAGCUUAAAAAUUUCCAAGCUAGAAGUCGAAUCGGACUCUGCAAUCUUGAUCAGCCACAUUCAAAAUGACAAUGUUGAUUUACAUCCUCUGGGGACCCUAGUCAUGAACUGUAGGAAGCUAAUGAAUGAGUUUGUCUCAAUUCAGAUCAAGCAUAUCCAUCGAGAGCGCAAUUCAGUUGCUGAUCUCUUAGCUAAGAACAACACUCUUCUUGCUAAAGGGGUCUGCACCCUCCAUGAUCCUCCUGCUUUAGUCACUGAAGCUCUCCUAGAUGAUAUUGUUGGAGCUCCUAGAGCUAGAAGUUUUAGUGCCAGCAAUGCUGGCUAG